CCACGUUUCAAGUCUCUGAAGAUGUUUUCAGUUGAGGAGAGACAUGCUGUGUACGACCAGGCCAGGCGUCUUGUGAGAGAAUUGGACAGAGCGCGUACACCGCCACCAAAUGUGCCAUCGGCGGAGCCAGAAGCCUUGCUUCCAGUGGAGGAAGCUGGAAGAGCCAAAAGAAAAAUGGGCGACUUCAGUGAGUGGGAGGAUGAAGGUGAUGCAGCUGAGGAGAAAGACGAGGUUCACCGCUACAUUGACAGCCAGUUCUUCUGGGAUGGGGAAGAUCUUCUAAGUUUCUGGGAGUCGCAGUCGCAGCCAAAGGCCUUUCCAGUGCUUUCCAAAGUGGCAAGAAUGAUUCUUUGCAUCCCUGCAACGAGCGCAUCGAGUGAGCGCGCAUUCAGCUCGGCAGGCCGGGUGCUUGAGUCCAGGCGAAACAGACUGAACCCCGGGACAGUUGAUGCUAUUCUUUUUUUGCACAGUGCAGGCAAACGCCUAAAUUAAAACGGCUACUUUGAGAGAAAAAAUACAGGCUAGAUGGAGGUCGUUUUGGUUGCUCUGUGAGAGCAGAUUUUGAAGCCUCCCGGUGCUGAGGUCAGUUGCACACCGCUGAAUAAGCGUAAUAAGUUUGAUUAAAAAUGUUUCAUACAAGUGGCAAAAUGUUUUAUUACCUACUUUGUUUGUCCAAGCAGGGACCCUGGGGUUAAAGUUUUGCU